AGCAUCCAGCUUUACAUAUAACCACUAUCUAGGAAAAAAUUAUUUCUCUGGUUACAUGAAGUAAAACAUUAACGUAUUUCACCUGAAGUGGAAAGUUGAAUACCAAAGGUUAGCUUGUCUGGGCAACCACCCAAAACCGUAGCUGGUUGUUUAGUAUAAAGGCACAGAAACAAGACAAAAUGUGCUUUUGUCAUCCAUCUCAUAAGAAGACAGACUGACAAAAGUCAGAAGAAACUAUGAAGUUCGAGAAUGUCCUUGAAGAAAUCAAUGGAUUUGGAAAAUUUCAGAUCAUGAUCAUUGGAAUCAACUUCCUUAGUCGCUUCGCUUUGCCCUGCCACUUCAUGAUGAGCAAUUUUGUAGCGGCUGUUCCAGCUCAUCACUGUGACUUUAGAUCUUAUGACGAUGAAGGUAUUUUUAAGAACUUAUCUUGGGAAGAGAAGCUCCUUGUCAGUAUUCCAGUUCAGCAGGAUGGCACUCCAAGUUCCUGUCAGAUGUUUGUGGAGCCUCAGUAUCAUUUGUUGCUGCCAAGAUCUCCCAACGUCACUGAAACGCUAACUGUACCAUGCCGUAAUGGAUGGGUAUAUGACGACACAGUGUUCAAAUCUACAAUAACAUCUGAGUGGGAUCUGGUGUGUGACAAGCGGGACAAAAACAAAGCAGCUGCCACUAUCUUUUUUGUUGGAGUCAUGUUUGGAGCUGUGUUCUUUGGAAGUCUGAGUGACAGGUUUGGCCGGAGGAUCAUGCUGCUGGUGUCCUACAUAUCUGCUCUGAUCUUUGCUGUUGCAAGUGCUUUUUCCACGACGUACGUGAUGUUUGCAGUUCUGAGGUUCUUCACUGGGUUCUGCAUUACAGGCAUCAUUAUCGUCUCAGCAGUCCUCAGUGUAGAGUGGGUGGAUGUCAAGCACAGGAAGUUGGUAGGAGUGACUGAUAGCUUUUCCUGGUCAAUAUGGAACUGUGUAUUUCCAGGUAUUGCCUACUAUGUGACUGACUGGCGAUGGCUGAUUCUCAGUGUUUCCUCACCAUUAAUCUUGAAUAUCAUCACUUGGAGAUGGAUGCCUGAGUCAGCUAGAUGGCUUAUUGCCAAAGGGAAGUUUGAAGAAGCUCAGAUAUAUCUGAAGAAAUGUGCCAAGAUGAAUGGAGCAGAAGAGUCAAGUCACUUCCUGAAUAUAGAGACACUAUCAACGAUUGUCGAGACAAAGAAAGCAGAUCAAACCUAUUCCUACAUCGACUUGAUAAGGACACCCAAAAUGAGAAAGAUUGCCUUAAGUACUGGUGUAUUGUGGUUCUGUUUGGCAUCCUCAUAUUAUGGCAUCAGCUUCAACAUCACAGGCCUUGGCCUCAGCAUCUACCUCACUCAGUUUGUUUAUUCUUUAAUUGAACUCCCAGCCAAAGGGACAGUUUACUACUUACUGGAUAAGAUUGGCAGACGACCCACUCAGAUGGGAGCUCUGCUGUGUGCCGCCAUCUGUCUUGGAAUCAACCUGAUCAUGCCGAAAGACUAUUCUGUCCCCAGAACAGUUGUAGCGGUUAUUGGGAAAGGGUUCUCCUCAGCCUCCUUUUCAACCGUUGUGCUGUACUGCUCUGAGCUCUACCCCACUGUGCUGAGGCAGAAUGGCUUUGGCUACAACUCGUUCAUGGGUCGGCUUGGUGUGGCGGUGGCCCCUUUCAUCCUCCUGCUUGAUGAGGUCUGGGAGAAGCUCCCACAGCUGGUCUUGUGUCUUCUGGCUCUAACAGGAGGACUGGUGGCGAGGAUGCUUCCAGAGACACGCAACAGGUUCCUGCCUGAAACCAUAGAGGACAUAGAACAGAGGUGGAAGAACAAGAAGCCUCUGACAUGAGCGGACUGUCGAAAUUCAGCUAAAUGUUGGGAUAGUGUUGUUUCAACAGCUGGAUUUAUGUAAAUAUGAAUUGUUUUUUAAGUGUUACCAAACUUGAAUAACUUGAAAUUGAUAAUAUUUGAUGUGAAGAUGACUAGAGCCGUGAGAGUUUCAUGUGGGUUCAUUCUCAGGGGCAGUCGUGGGGCAGUGGAUAGUGGUCGACUCCUGAUAGGAAGGUUACGGGUUCAAUUCCCACCUUGUGUUCCCAUAUGUUAAUUGUGUAUUUAAGUGUGAAUAUAUAAUGGAACACAAGUGGAAAGAAGACAACAUUCAGUCCUAAAUCUGUAGGGAGUGUUGUCAUCACUGUCAGAAUUAAUUGAAAGAGGUUGCUCUUGGUCAACAACUUCACAACAAAUUCUCCAAAAAGGAGAUUGAUUCCAUCUUUAAAACCACUUAAACUUCUUAACUAGGAGGUUCUCUAGAAUUGUGUGAAGAGUUCCUGUAUUUCUUCACACAGAGUACAGACUCCUAUAAUGAGUUUGUCCUUAUUUCUAGUAAUCCUUGAUACGAUACCCUUUGACACAUUCUUUUUGAAGAAUUGCUUCCUUUCUUUGGUCAACGGAUUUUAAAUAUUUUAAAUUGCAGUUAUUUCCUCCCUUAUGUUUAACCUGCAAGUGCAGUCGUCAAGUUUCAGUCUAUGUUACGGGCCUGAUCAAAGUAUUUUAUCAACAGCCGACAAAUUUAAAAUUGUUCCCUGCGUUUUUAUUACAUCAUGACUCAACUAUUGCAAUUCUCCUUGUGAUUGGAUUCAAUCCAUUCAGUGGUUCUUUAAAGUUUUUAAACGCCAACCUUUUUUUUUUCUUUCCUCCUAGUAAAUGUGUUCUAACUGGUUAAA